AUGGAAACUUCUUCAAAAGUGACGGAAACAUGGGUAGAAGAGUCUGAGAAUAAAGUUGAGCAGCCCAAGACCAACCAGAUGGUUGGAAUUAAAAGAAUCUUUAAAGAUAAGACAUGCUUACGGGAUUUAAGUAAAUGUCCACAAGGCUGGAACCUAAUCCAUAAACAUUGCUUCCUGUUAUCUGAAUACGAAACUACUUGGAUCAGUGGCCAGGAAAGCUGCAAAAUGCAUUACUCAACUCUGGCUAAGUUCAACUUUCCGAAAGAAAUGGAAUAUUUGAUGCAACAGCUGAAGCACCCUUCUACAUAUUGGAUAGGACUGAACAAACUCAAUGAAAACAAAACCUGGAAAUGGGCAGAUGGGAGUGUAUACAAAGAAUGGUACAAAAUUGAAGAUAAUGGCGAUUGUGUCUACAUAGAUAGGAGAGUCAUGAAUAGUUCCAAAUGUGAAAAAAACAAAAAAUAUAUUUGCAGCAAAAGAAGCUUCUGUCUUUAG